UUUGGCAACAUCUUUCUCAAAUCUCCCGUUCUCUCUCUCUCUCUCUCUCAGUCCGUCUUCAAACUCUUCCAUCCCCAUUCCCCGCUCUUUCGCAAUUCCCACAACCCGCGUCUUACCAGAGAAGCCAGGAGAAAGGUCCAGAGAGAGGUGUUAGAUUGUAGAAUAGAACAGGAAACAGAAGAAGUGAAUCACAAAAAAAUCCCAUUUAGUGGCCGAUUAGAGCUUGGAGAACGGUAUCUCUUACCCGUUGAAUCUACUCUCUGUUGUGGCAUCUGAACCGCAGCAGAGAACAUAGUCCCAAGCGGGAGAAACAAAAGAUACCAGAGGCUGAUUGGCAUUUGCGAGGAAUACCAGAGGCUGAGCAGAGAGGGAACCCAAUCGGCGACGAAAAGCGGGGAAAACCAUAGCCAACGGCCGGAGAUGGCUUCUGUACGGGAGGCGAAAUCGACGACGCCGGCGAAGAAAAAGAAGAGCAGGGGACAGGCGUGGACCGACCGAUGGCUCAAAGGAUCCGUCGCCAAGCCACUGAAACAUGUCGUCUUCGCUAUGCAACUCCCGUCUCUCUCUGGAGGAGGAGGUACGUUUUCCCCCAAAACUCCCAAGGUAUCCCUUUCCAAUUCCAAGCCGGCCUAUCCGUCUCCGAAGCUAUCCAAGGACAAGCUCCAGACAUUCAUAAUCUCCAAUCUAUCCGACAUUGUCGAUCGAACCCGCCUCCUGAACGACGAAAUCCUCCUCAAGAUCCUGUCUUUCCUGCCGGACUCCCAGAGGAAAUCCAACUGUCUCGUCUGCAAGCGCUGGCUCAAUCUCCAAGGCCGCCUCGUUCGUUCGAUCAAGAUUCUCGAUUGGGAGUUCCUCGAAUCGGGUCGCUUGAUCGCUAGGUUUCCUAAUCUCGCGUACGUUGAUUUGAUCAAUGGCUGUGUUGUUACCCCUGUGGAUUCAAGUAUUUACAUGAACCAUCGGCUUGUCUCCGCGCAUUUGGACUCUAGGGUUUCUGGGUUCUCGCCCAAUUGGCGAGUUUGCGAGGAGAAUCUGUUGCCCGUCGAGAUUGUUGAUAGAGGGCUCACGGUUUUGGCCAAUGGGUGCCCCAAUCUGCGCCGGCUUGCUGUGAUUGGUGCCACUCAACUCGGGCUGUUGAGCGUGGCUGAGGAAUGCCCAACGUUGCAGGAGUUGGAGUUGCAUCGCUGCAACGACAAUGUACUUCGUGGGAUCGCCGCUUGUUCCAAUUUGCAGAUACUGAAACUGGUGGGGAACGUGUAUGGCCUUUAUGGUUCUCUGGUUUCGGAUGUUGGCUUGACGAUUCUGGCUCAAGGGUGCAAGAGAUUGGUGAAGCUUGAGCUCAGUGGAUGCGAGGGUAGCUUUGAUGGGAUUAAGGCAAUAGGGCAGUGCUGCCAGAUGCUCGAGGAAUUGACUGUGUGCGAUCAUAGGAUGGAUGAUGGGUGGUUGGCUGCUCUUCCUUUCUGUGAAAAUUUGAAGACUUUGAGGUUACUUUCGUGCAAGAGAAUAGAUCCGGUUCCCGGGCCAGAUGAGUAUCUGGGUUGUUGUUCUGCUCUUGAAACACUGCACUUGGAAAGGUGUCAGUUAAGAGAUCAAAAUGGGGUUAGAGCUUUGUUUAAGGCCUGUGAAACCGUGAGGGAAAUCGUUGUCCAUGACUGCUGGGGUUUGGAUGAUGAAGCGUUCAGCCUGGCUAGCACUUGCAGGAGGGUAAAGUUGCUGUAUCUAGAAGGAUGUUCGUUGGUGACGACAGAAGGCCUCGAGUCUGUGCUUCUAAGCUGGAAUGAGAUUGAAAAUGUUAAGAUAGAGUCAUGCAAGAACGUACACGACGCUGCCAUUUCUCCUGAGCUUUCGAACUUGUUCUCUGGUCUCAAACAACUUAGAUGGAGACCAGAUUCCAAAUCAGUCCUUGCUGCAGGUCUUACGGGCACUGGCAUCGGAGAGAGGGGCCGGAAGUUCUUCAAGAAAUCAUGACACUUUGGUAACUCAUCUUACUCGGUGUCGGUGUAUAUUCCAUGACUGAGAUGGCUAUUGUAACUUGCAGAGGAGGGCCUUUUCUCAAGAGCAAGUUUUCAAAUUCUACGUGAGAGUUUUAGCCUUCCUUUCCAUGGAUGGACUACAGAUUAGUAUAGGAAUGCUACCCUUCUCCACAACGGGGAUACAUUGCGAAGAGAAGAACGUAACUCUGUCUACAAAAUAUAUAUUUAAGUCCCUUUCUUCCAUUUUGUAAGUUAGACCCACAUUGACAGCAGAAAGACUUCUGUAAUCUGUGGUAGGCAUCAGCUUAUGUACUUUCCUCAUUCAUCAUACUGUGAAUAUUUGUAGCAAUUAUCAAUAAACUAUUCUAGUUCUUCUGCAAGUUAAUGAAGUU